ACAACAUGGACAGUCAGGGAUUUUUCAAAGAUUGUCUGCAGGGAGGGGUGCCGUUUCACUCCCAUGACCUUCGAAGCUGUCUGGUUGAGGCAGAUGCCAGAGGUGUGACAAAGCAACAGAUGGCGUCAUCCCGAUGCAAUCUGCGUAUACAGGGGGAUGAUAACCUACAGUCGAUGCUUGUGGGGACAGUGAUGAGGAAGAUUAAGUCUCGCACUUGGAAGAAACAACGUUAUUUCAAACUGCAGGAGGACUGCAUGAACAUCUGGUACAAGUCAAAGAAAGCAGGGAACAAUCACUCCACCUUCUCUGUAUGUGAUGUGGAAACUGUCCGGGAGGGGCACCAGUCUGAGGUGCUGCAGAGCAUUGCUGAUGAGUUCCCCCCAGACCGCUGCUUCACACUGGUCUUCCGCGGUCGCCGUGGCAACCUAGACCUGGUGGCCGACUCGCCAGAGGAGGCCCAGUCCUGGAUCAAGGGGAUGCGAAAGCUGAUUGAGAACGUGGAGAACAUGGGCCAGCGAGAGAAACUCGACCAGUGGAUCUGUGACUGGUUCCAGAAGGCUGAUAAAAACAAAGACGGCCGAAUGAACUUUAAGGAAGUGCAAGAUCUGCUCAAGAUGAUGAAUGUGGACAUGAAUGAACACCACGCACUUCGCCUUUUUAAGAUGGCUGACAAGUCCCACUCAGGCACACUGGAGGAUGAUGAGUUUGUGCUGUUCUACAAGAUGCUGACACAGCGGGAGGAUGUGCUGCGCCUCUUUCAGGAGUACUCCAGUGAUGGACAGAAGCUGAGCCUGACUGACUUGGAGGAGUUCCUGCUGGUGGACCAGCUGGAGGGAGACCAUACGCGCCAGCGCGCGAUGGAGCUCAUUGAACGCUAUGAGCCCUCAGAAACUGCCAAGAUGCUCCAUGCUAUGUCCAUCGAUGGGUUCCUCAUGUAUCUGUGCUCCCCAGACGGCUCAAUAUUCAACCCCCACCAUGAACAGAUCUACCAGGACAUGACCCAGCCCCUCUGCCACUAUUUUAUCUCUUCUUCCCACAACACCUACCUGAUUGAGGACCAGCUUCGUGGACACAGCAGUGUCGAAGGCUACAUCAGGGCUCUCAAGAGGGGAUGCCGCUGUGUGGAGGUGGAUUGCUGGGAUGGUCCCAAUGGGGAGCCCAUUGUCUACCACGGCCACACCUUGACCUCCAAAAUCUUCUUCAAAGAUGUCAUCCACGCUCUCAACAAAUACGCCUUCAGGGUAUCAGAGUACCCGGUCAUCCUGUCCAUUGAAAACCACUGCAGUGUUGAGCAACAGAGAGUCAUGGCCCAACACCUCAACAGCAUUCUCGGCGACAAGCUGUUGAAAACCAUCCUGGAUGGCAAAAUUCCCAAUAGGCUACCUUCUCCUGAGGAGCUGAAGGGGAAAGUGCUCCUGAAGGGCAAGAAGAUGGGCGGCUUGGAGGACUGUGUCAACGGGACAGCAGAGGAGCCCUUCAAUGGGGAAGUGAGCGACGAAGAUGAGGCUGCUGACAUCGAUGAAGAGCACCUACGCAAUGACACCCUGCGCCGGAGAGGCAAGAAAUCAAAACAGCAUCUGUCCAAAGAGCUCUCAGACUGUGUGGUGUACUGCAAGAGUGUGCAUUUCAGCAGCUUCAAACACUCGCGCGCUCAUGCCAAGUUCUACGAAAUCUCAUCCUUCACUGAGUCCAAGGCACGCAAGCACAUCAGGGAGACGGGAGCCGACUUUGUGCGUCAUAACACCAGACAGCUGACACGGGUUUACCCUAGUGGCCUGAGAACAGACUCCUCCAACUUCAAUCCACAAGAGAUGUGGAAUGUGGGUUGCCAAAUAGUCGCACUGAAUUUCCAGACAGCAGGAGUGGAAAUGGACCUCAAUGAUGGACUCUUUAGCCAGAAUGGCCACUGUGGGUUUGUUUUAAAGCCCAAGUUCAUGAGAAGCAGUGAGAGUAGGUUUGACCCAGAGAACCCUCAAGACAGAGAGGAUUACCGGCCCUUUCGACUCUCCAUACAGGUAAUCAGUGGGCAACAGCUUCCGAAGGUGAACAUCAAAGAGGGGUCCAUUGUGGACCCACUAGUGAGAGUGGAAAUCCAUGGUGUACCUUUGGAUCAGGCCAAGCAGGAGACCAAAUACAUUGAAAACAAUGGGUUUAAUCCAGUGUGGAAUGAGACCCUACAGUUCCUCAUUCAUGUCCCAGAGAUGGCGCUCGUGCGCUUUGUCGUGGAGGAUUAUGACAAGACAUCCAGGAACGACUUUGUUGGCCAGUACACAUUGCCGUUCAUGUGCAUCCAGCAAGGAUACCGCCACAUCCACCUCUUGUCUAAAGAUGGAACCAGCAUUCCUCCCUCCUCACUUUUUGUGCACAUCCAGAUUACGGACACUGAAUAACUUGGAUGAACUUCAGCACUUUAGUUGCAGACAACUGCACAGCCUCCUCCAACCUUCUCACAAAUAUUGACGUUGGACUUGCAAGAGACAGCUUCCUAAUCACUGUUUACAGCAGAGCUGUGCUGUACCAAACUACAGAAUAUAUAAACAUAGAUUUAUAUAUUUUUAUUACUUUCGAAUCAAAGCAUGAUACAAAAACACUGUGCUGGUGUUUCAUAAUUGAAAAAAUAUCCAUAACAAAACAUCAUGAAAAUACACGACCUCUCAGUCACGUUGGAGUCACUGAAUUCUGAAAUUAACUGAAGCAUAAAGAGAUUACCUCAUCUGUGGAUAAUUGAAGAAAAGAUGGAUUUGUAAAUUAAAAGUACUUCUAAGGGACUGCAUAUCUGGAUAAGCUUAUGUCCCCACGACAAGCUGGAAAUAUCCAUCCUGCAUUUACACUUCACCAACUAGCAGGCAACUACAAAGGUACUGCACUUUGAUUUUGAAACUUCUUUUGCCAGAGGUAUUUGAAAACAAAUGUGUGAUCUUUUAACACCCAUGCAGACUGAAGAUAAAAUACUUUCAUAUCUUCAUGAAGUAGUUUCACUUAAAACUGUAAAACUGCUAAAACAGAGUUAGGAGUAAAAAACGAUUAGUAGGCCAAGGAUUGUAUUAAAAAUUAACACACGUUUUGUGGUAACCUAAAAGUUAAUAGCUUUACAUGCAUACUGCUUUCCUUUUUAGUAGUGAUGGUAGAACAAUAAAAUCAGAAGCUGUAUUAUAUGAGUGCAAAAUACAUAACUAUUAGAACAAAAGGUGGCUGAAUAAAACAGAUUAUAGUUUGAAUUAAAUAGCUCACAUCAUAAAAUAAUACAUCAUUCUUUGAAUUUAACAUUUAAAUAACCUAUUGUAAACCCUAGUAUCCUAGUUAAUCUGCAAUUUGCAUUGUAUUACCUCAUAAACUCACCAAACCCAUGAAAUGCAAGCUGCAGAUACCAAAAACCCGAGUUAAGCUUCUCUAUAGUAUCUACGUACACAUAGGCUGCAAUUGUGAAGUAAUAAAUCCCUCUUAUUAUAUUCAGUCUGCAUAUAUCAGUUAAUAUACACACUGCAUAUAGAUAGAAAACAUGUACAAUCAUAUCAAAACCAAAUCCUUUUCUUGCAAAAUGUGUCAGAAUUAGCAGGAUUAGUAUAAUUAAAUAAAAACUGGCAACUGCAACCUGCCUUAAUACACAAUUGUUUUUAUUCAAAGUAUUUUUUCGUUCAAAAAAACAACAACAAAGGUUUUCUUACUG